UUGGACGCAGAAGAGACUGAACUUCCUCGGGUCAGAUACAGCCCGAGAGCAAACAGUUGAUCAACUUUAUCCACUUUGUCGGUAAACGUACUUUACUGAUGUCAGACUUCGGUGACGUGAACGUCGCAACAUAACAACCGAUACAUUUUAACGGCGGAGAUUCUACAACUGCAGCAUGCAGCCAGUUGAAGCACAAAAAGGAGUUUCUACAAAGAGCCAGCUGUUUGAUUCUCUGAAGGUGUAUCUGAACAACAAGAACAGACUACAACCCAUCAUUGGCCUGGGCAGUAUUAUAGAAUGUGUGAAGGCAGGUACAGACAACAGAGAUGUAUUGUACCUGUGUGAGGUAUGUGUGUGUCGAAAAAGUAAAGCUGACAUGCGGAACCACAUUAUGGGAAGUCUCCACAGAUACAACUACAUUAAAGCAUGGCACCCGCACUUAGUGCGUGAAUGGAAGGAAAAGUCUGACCUGUCUAAGCUGGCAUGGCCACUGAUGGAGAUGGCCAAGAUACUUGAGAGGAAGGAAGGACCUGGAGAUGUGCAGUGGUUAGAGGUUGAAAACGCUGUAUACCAGAAGAUGGCAACACACAGUGAGAAUGACGCAGUCACUCUGAUAACUCUCUUAAGAGAUGGGCAGGGUGAACGUCCCAUCCAAUCGCAGAGGAUUGUAUUGCUUUCCCAGAACAUGGACAACCUCAAGACCUCAGCAGAGACAGACCAAAGUGUUACUUUUACCAAGCCGGAAGACUGGUUAAAGAGCGCAUCCCCCGAACCCUCUGCACUAUCAGAGCACGGCAACAACCUUUUUGAUGGCUACACAGGAACCACGCCUCUUAUUGGUCUUACCAGCAUGGUUGAAUGUAGAAGUGAAGACGGCCACACACACUGUUUCCUGUGUCACUGCUGCCGCAUCAGAUCCAACAAAAAAGACAUCAUUGAUCACCUAACCAGCUCUUCCCAUCUUGUGAACUUUUUGAUGGAAACUUAUCCUGAGCAGGUGGAGGUAAUGAUGACGGAUAUAAAUGAAAACUAUCAGCUUCUCCAGUCACUCGCCAGGAAAGUGGAACGAGAAGAGGGCAGAGGAGAGCCAAAGGUGGUAAAUGCACCAGAAUCCCUCUGUAUCCUACUGACAAGCAAAAGUUACCACUGGUGUGUAAAGAUGCUGCUUGAUGGAGGGAUGCAUACUAACAACCAAAAGUGGAAAAAAGCUGUCAAAGGGUCGAGUGUGAACAAGACUUCGACUGAAGGCAUGCCAGAGAAAUGCGCUGUGGUGCCAUCACAACAGGCUAAAAAGAAACCCGCAAAGAGGAAAUGGAAGGGAGUGACUAAUACUGUGUUCAAGGUAAGCCUGCCUCUUACCAAAGGACCGCUGCUGCUGGAGAGGACGUCGGUCAGCAGGGACAGCCUCCCUGGGACAUCACCUUCAUUCCACUCAGAUCUCAUUCCCCCGCCAGAGUUCCCGUUAGAGGACUGCGAGUUGGACUAUGACACUGGAUUUUUUGCAGUAAACGACGCUGAACACACCUCACAGCUUCAGCAAGAUAGUGGAGAUGAAGAUGCUGGUCAGUACAUGGAACCAGAAAGAAACGUCACAGUCACUCAGCAUCACGCGGUGGAUGGUUAUUUCAGUCACCAUGAAUACUUUGACCAGUCAGGGGACAUGUCGGGAACAAAAUACCAAACAGUUUAUGGGGACAAUUAUCACAACAGACAGCAUGGUUCUCAAGAAAGACCAAGUAAGAGGUUUUACAAAGAGCGGCAAAAUGAAGGCACACAGACACAAAAUGAGUGGCUGUCGCCUGCUGCGUCCCACACUGAGGACUGGCCGUCUUAUAACUCUUACUAUGGACAUGACGCAGGUUGCAGUGAGCCAUGGUGCUAUUUAACUUCACAGUGCAGAGUUGACUCAAGACUGUCAAGGGGAGAGAGACAGAACAAGAUGAGAUCGUAUGCCACUCAACAUUAUUAUCAACAACAGCCCCAAAGUCAGUACAUGGCACAAGAUCAUACAAGUCUCCAGGGAGGCAGUGUGGGGCAACGUGGUGUGUCCGAUUUGGCUGCUCAUUCAGAUCCUUCAAGGAUCUACACGCACCAUCACGUAGAAGAUUCCUAUGCUCACAGUGACAGUGUUGCAGCAGAGCCUAGAGUACAAGCUCUUGAUACUGAGCAGAGACCAUUGCAAACAUACAUGGAGUUCACCUAUGGGCACGUCCAGGCAGCUCAACAAAGUUACAAGACACAAACUACGGCCCAUCAAACCAUCCAGGUCAGUCAAGGAGCCAUGUCCAACCCCAAUUACAGUAUUGCACCUUGGACAAACUCCGAUCCGCACUUUCUUCAUCCACCCAGCAAUGGUGGUGGUGAUAAUGGUAGUAUGUCCCAGUCAAAUGCUUUCAUCACACCAGGGCAAGCUUUGUGUCAUGGUGUCCCUUCUGAUCUUAGUUUCAGAGCUGCUGGUUUUUCAGACUCGAUGAUUUCAAGACGUUCAGAUGGAACAACUCCAUUUAUGUUUGCAUAUCCUAGUUUUAAUUCUACAUAUAUUACCACACUUCAGUGAGACCACAUUUCUACUGAAGGGACUGGUGUCCCCAUUUAAAGACAUCACACUCAGAUGGUGCAGCCUGGUUUCUAAUUGUGCUGCGGCAUUUUUUAUAAUCCUCUAAAAUGAACAAAUCUGGUGUUUUUGUGAUCAGAGAAUUAUAAGAGUGACUCAAGAACACAGGCGAUUAUGAGAUCACUUCAAGUGAAAAGUGCCAGCAUUUAUUCAUAUAUUUCUAGAUUUUACAUACAUCCUAACCAAGUAAGGGUGAGAAACUCGCUCGGCUAUAUGAAGCAUCAAAGUUUGAAUUGCAGCUUUUUUCAGUGUUUCAUAAAUAGUGAUGUUCAGAGCAGCAUAGAGAAAGUAUUUAAGUUUAUUAAGUCGUCAUAUCACCUUGAGGUUUUGGUUUGUAGCUUUCAAUAAAUGUUUAAAUUCCAGUAAUAGCUACAUUUUUUUAUUUCCUUUGGAGCAUUAUGCCAAAUGCGACUGCAUAUGUUUUGUACAAGCUGUGCCUGAAUAACUCCAAAGAUUAAUUUACUUUAAAAUGUAUUAAAUGUGACAUUUAAGUUUGUGCUUGCCUGGAUUUUUUCCUAAACUUUAGAAAAAAAGCCCAUGAUAAAACAAGGUCAGUUGUACUGCUUUGCUAAUUGUUGCAGAAUAAAGACCCGCUGAGGUUAGUUGUAUGAUUUUUGGA